UUAAAGACAGUCUACUUGGCACUGGAGAUCGAGUAGCUCCCCCCCCCCGCAGUCAGAUAGUUAGUAAGCCUGAAGUUGGACCCCACAGCCUCACCAUGAGCGGAAAACGGAAACUGAGUUUAAAGUGGUUUGGAAUUCUCCCUAACUUCUCCUUCCGUCGCAGCUCAUUGUCUGACAAAUUCGACUCCAAGUCCUCCUCCGCCGAGCCUGAUGGGGCUGGGGCUGUGGAGACGUUUUUUGACGACAUGGAUAUGAUGCAUCCAUGCACAUCCAGCUCCAGCGACAACUACACGCACAUGGGCACCUUUCCCCGCUUCCUCCUCAGGAAGAGUGACAAGAGUGGGAAUUCUGGGAAGAGCGGGACCAAGAAGAUCAAGGAGAAGACAGGGGCAAGGCUGGGCAGGAGUCAGAGCCAGCGGCCGGCAGGGGACCAUGUGUGUAGCUCUCACCUGCUCAUGGCACAAUCCAGCCGGCCUGGCUCCAGAAAGGACCAGCCUCUCUCACCUUUAUCCACCCAGGCUGGUCCUGGUCCAAGGCCCCAACGGGACCAAGGGCUGCCUCCCAUCCCCAGAGGAGGAUCACUCGAUAGGAAUGAACACGGAGACCCACAGGCUCACUGUGAGGAAGAAGAACCACACCAAGGGCAGCUAAUGUCAGCUCAGGAUGUGGGGUCUCGUACCUCUAACGCCCCGCCGCUCACUUGUGAAGACGUCUCCAAAAAACGCGCAUUCACCACUGAUCAGGGUGCAGCUUCAGAUACAGCUUCAACUGGUGGGGCUAGAAGGAACCUUGCUACUGUUCCUGAGCCACCUCCAACCCCCAAGCUUCUAAAGAAAACCUUGCAGCAGCCUGGGACCCUUGUCACCCAUCAGAUCGAGGAGGGCCUCCCCAUGAAGAGAGCCGAUAACCUGGUAACAGACAGUAACUCCAUCCCCCUGCCUGAGAGGGCCUCCAGUGGUUCUACUGAUAGAGACCUGGGAGAGGGCCUUCAGAGGGAAAGCCAGGCUGCUAAACCUGUGGACAGUCACAUGGACCAUAUAGACAACAAGACUGAAUAUGUCAAGAUCUCUCAGGCGGAAGAAGACUGCCAGGCCCAGCCUGAACUGGACUGGGCUGGCCUGGACUCGACUAGACUGGACUGGCCCGGCCUGGACUGUUUCUCCAAGGAGAAGUACCUGCUGGAGUCUCCACCAGAGAAACUACGGAAGGAGCUGGAGGAGGAGCUGAAACUCUGCAGCAGCGAUAUCAGGAGCCAUGGCUGGUACCAUGGACACAUCCCUCGAGAGCUGUCGGAGACUGUAGUCCUGCAGAACGGGGAUUUCCUGAUCCGUGAUUCGCUGAUUAACAUGGGCGACUACGUCCUAACGACCCGCUGGAACCACGAGGUUCUGCAUUUCAAGAUCACCAAGGUCCUGGUCAAGUCCAGCACUGAGUCGAAGGUCCAGUACCUGUUAGAGACGGACAGCUUCGACUCCAUACCUGAACUGGUGAGGUUCUACGUGGUCGGCCGGCGGCCUGUCUCCCAGCCCAGUGGAGCCCAGAUCUACUGUCCAAUCAUACGCACCCUACCCCUGCACUACCUGGAGGCCACAUUUGCCUUAGCCAAUAGCAGGCACAGCCUGGCCCACUCACCGUCCAGUCAGAGAGGAGCGUACAUCAAGAGGCGGAGCGUAACCAUGAACGACGGAUUGACCACAGAGAAGCUGAUACCUCACAGCCCUUCUACUAUUCACAACCACAAGGAUGCGAUGAGGAACUGUGCCGUGAGUAUGGAUCAGAUCCAGGAGUAUCGCUGUCCCCUGUCUCCUGUAGGAGAAACACCUCUCUCCCCAGCAUACAGCCACAUCCACAGACACAUAACCCAGUCAGGGGGUAGAGUUCUGGCAGUGGUUCCCCCCUCACCAGUCCUGAGACGCUCCAGCGAGCCCCAGCUCAGCCCUGGCUCCAACAACAACCUACCCGACAUGCUAGCUGCCAGCUCCCACUCCACCCCGGCCCACUUCUCCUGCCCAGCCCCAGCAGGGGGCUCUGGAACAGAGGGAAGCUACUGCGACCUCAGGCCCUCCCCGGCCCCAUGUCCCGGGGCUCCAUGUGCCGCUGGUAUGCCCCCCACGCCUCCAGCUAAGAGCUACGUGGAGCGGCUGCGUGUGGAGGAGGCCCGAGGGCCUGCCCCAGGGAGGGAGAACGGAGCAGGGGCUGGGGGAGAGGCAUUCAGCGCCCCCCUGGUGGAGACUGCCUCCUCCUUCAGACCAGGGAAGUACCUGUCGCCCCUGAUCCCCCAGGAAAACAAGCCCUUGGAGAUGAGCGUGCUGAAGAGAGUCAAGGAGUUGUUGGCUGAGGUGGACGCUAGGACGGCUGCUAAACACAUCACAAUGGCCGACUGCACGGUGGCAAGGAUACUGGGCGUUACCAAGGAGAUGCAGAGGAUGAUGGGAGUAGGUUCAGGACUUGAGCUUUUGACUCUACCUCACGGACAUCAGCUGAGACUGGACCUACUGGAGAGGUUCUACACCAUGUCUAUAAUGAUGGCUGUGGACCUGUUGGGGUGUACAGGCAGUACAGAGGAGAGGGCUGCUCUGCUCCAUAAGACCAUCCAGCUGGCUGCUGAACUCAAGAGCAACCUUGGGAACAUGUUCGGCUUUGCUGCUGUGAUGAGAGCACUGGAGCUGCCACAGAUUUCUCGCUUGGAGCAGACGUGGAUGACGUUGCGUCAGAGACACACAGAGGGAGCCAUCCUCUAUGAGAAGAAGCUCAAGCCCUUCAUGAAGAACAUGAACGAUGGCAAAGAGAGCAGUGUGCUGUCCAACACGUCCUUCCCUCACGUGGUUCCUCUGCUGUCUCUGUUGGAGAAGGGUGUGGCCGUGGGGGAGGGGCCAGGGGCGGGGAUAGAACCCUGGGAGAACGUGGAGGCAGGUGUUGAUGUGGUGAUGUCACACCUGGAGGCGGCCCGGACCAUCGCUCACCACGGGGUGCUGUACCGCACCAAUGCUGAAACCAAACUACAAGGCUUCCAGGAGAGUCAGGAAGUUCUGGAGAUCUUCCGGACAGAGUUCCAGAUGAGGUUGCUAUGGGGAAGCAGGGGUUCGGAGGGCAGCCAAUCGGAACGCUAUGAGAAGUUCAACAAAGUCCUGACCGCUCUGUCUCACAAGCUGGAGCCUCCUGUACGCCACAGCGAACUAUAGCACCCAUCUCACUGAACACCCCUAUACAAAGCACUGCGCUCACAGUGGUACGACCCGCCUCCCCAUACUGCAAGGCACCUUGAUGUGGAUGUCCAAAGUGAAUAACGGGAGGAGGCCGACUAAACCGAGACAAAAUAGUGUACUUAGAAGAAGACAGCAGGCGAGAAGGAGCAUCUCACUGUAUACCCCCCCCCCCCAAAAAAAGGCACAAAGGGCUUUUUUCAGAGCUCUUCAAUAGGCUGUAAUAUUUCCCUCCCUAAAUGCUAAAAGACAGAGUGGGUCGUGGAGGAGUGGGGAAUUGGGUAUUCUUCUACCCAUCAGCAAGCUACAAAGGACAACAGGUAUGGUGUGCGCUGAGGGACAAACAGUGCAUGAGAAGUUGGAUCUAGCUGUUCUCUGGUAGAUCAUAUGAAGCUCUGAUCUGUCUUCAACACCUUCAUUAUUACCCUUACUAUUACGUCUGCACUUACUGGCUCAUUGUCGCACACUGUUCUGUCAGAGAGUAAUAGUAAACACAGUGUGUGUGUGUGUGUGUGUGUGUGUGUGUGUGUGUGUGUGUGUGUGUGUGUGUGUGUGUGUGUGUGUGUGUGUGUGUGUGUGUGUGUGUGUGUGUGUGUGUGUGUGUGUGUGUGUGUGUGUGUGUGUGUGUGUGUGUGUGUUCUGUCUGACUUGAAGAGAGAGUCCUAUUUAACACAAUGUGUGUGUGUACUUCAGGACAGCAGUACCCCAGAGAUACAUCGGCAUCUAUCUCUAUGACCUCUGACCUGUCUCAUCGGACCUCAGCUUCUGACUGCGAGGUUGUGUGUUCUAGAAUCUGUUCUUCUUGUAUAGACUCUCUGCGUGGCUGCCAUUACUUCAUCACAUAGCCCAUCAGGUCCCCUGUUGUUGACACACACAUUGUGUUCAUACAGACAGACACUUAUCCUCCAAUAAUGUAUGUUGCCAAGUCAUUUCAGCUGUUUGAGGCAUACUAAAGCAAUUCUCUCUGUGGGUUUUGUUUGUGUGCUGUUCAGAAGCAGUUCUCUUAUUGAGGCUCUUCUGAGAAGCAUCCCCUCUCCUCAUUUCUGGCAUGUCAUCCAUUUUUCAUAUGACUCUGAUUUUGUUUGAGUACCGUCUGGUAGCCUUUAUUUUAAUGGGAGCUAUUUUGGGAAGCAUUCCUCCCCCGCUCCCUCUCCUUAUCUCUGGCAUGCCAUUAAUGUUUCAUAAUGACUCCAGUCCCAUUGAAAUCAUAUGAGCAUGUUUGCCUUGUCCUCACUUGUCACAAACAUACCCUUAGAAAUAUCCUUAAAGCACUCUGACCUGUUUGAGUGAAUUAAUGUGCUUUUUGACAUGUAAAAACACUGACUACUAUUUUCUUCAACUUUAUUUAGAUAACAUUUUUCUGUGUGGUUUUAUUGCUGACCGGCAGAUUUUGUUGACAUGUUUGAAGACUUUGUUGACAUGGUAACAUAACAUGUUUGAGCCUCUGCUGUUGCCGUAUAGGAUUCAGGUUUUAACCAGUGUGAAUGAAUGUGCUUUAGUCUGAAAGUGACCAGAAUGUUCUCAGGGCAGAAUGGAGGCCCCCUCAGAUCUAGCCUGGUCCCAGACCUGUUUGUGCUGUCUUCUUGCCAACUUCUCUGGUCAUUGUCAGCCAAAGAAACUAUAUGAGAUUGCAAAACAACAUAAAUAGAUGUGGGAUCAGGCUACCUCAAACCCCCUCAGUGACUGUAUGAUGUGUUUUGCUUUGUAUGUAUGAUAACGUGUGUUUGAUAUGAUAUGGACAGAGUGUUGAAAAAAAGGACAUUUAGAUUUUAAAACCAUCAAAAGCGUUUUUGAUUUCACAUAUUCACUGUAGGAUCGUGCGAUUUUCACUCACUCAAAUUCAUAAAAUGUUCUCUUUUAAAUUGUAUUGUUGCUGAAAUGCUUUAGUAAAAUGCAACAUCAAGAUGAGGGCUUAAAGGAAUCUGUCAACGUCCUUGGAACUAAAUACAGUGUGACCUUUUGAUCAAAUAAUAACUGGCAACCUUUCCUCUGCCGACCCCUAAGCAGUGUUGCGUUGAAACACUAAAGCACUAUGAAUGAAGAUGACGAUUUAUUUUCGAUCUGUUUGUUGAAGCGUCAGUGUCUGCUGAUUGCUUUCCAAUCCAUGAUGUAUUUAGGCCUGAGAUAGAGAGCUGACUCUCAGAUCUAGGCAAUCACUUUUAAAUCAAUUAAGAGUCCCAUAGAAAACAAGCAGAGUAGACACUGCUGCCCCCGAGGAUGUGAGUCGUGUCCUACUGGGAACAAUCCACUUGAACGCCCCUCUAACUGGUGUGUACUACUGGGAAACUCGUCUAUCAUCCCUGAGCUACAACUUCUCCCACAUGCUGACCUCUGACGUCACCCACUAAGAAAAUGACCUUGAUAACAGCAUUUGAGAGUUCAAUGCAACAACAAAACAAUACAUAAAAAGCAAUCAAUUAAUAUGGGUUUUGAAUACUAUAAUUGGUUUACAAGCAUGAUAGCUGUACUUUUAGUUUAUGGUUGAGCAGCUUGUUGGCCAUUAGCCAAUCAGCAUUCCUCAAUGAGUUCAAGGCACGUGAAUGCAUCCAACUGGUAAUAACCACCUUCCUACUUGGUUAUGAAUGCAGCACAAGUGCCAGCCAGCCAGAAAGUGCAUCCCAGGUCGUAUUCAUAAGGCACCAAACAAAGGAAAACAUACUGAAACGGGGAGGGAUUAUCAAUUUUGUUUUCUGUUGCAAAACGUUUUGCUACAGUGUGCCCUAAUGAACACGACCCCAAUCAGCCAGUGAGAAUAAAGGGGAGAGCCAAAGUCCAAUUGCCUCUCUUGUCCAGUAGAGGGCACUAUUGUUCAGUCAGCAAAAAAAUAAAAAUUGAAGACACCUUGAUUUGAAUCUUUUUUUGAGUGUUUUUGUGAUUUAUUAAUAAAGCCUACUGGUUUAGGAACGAUUUGAUGAUGUACUGUAUGUAAUUAUGUUUCUCUCACCUUAUGUUGUACAGAUUACAUGUGCUUUUUUUCCUGUUGUAAAUAAUCAUUCUGAAAUGAUGAACCUAUAAUGAAAAAUGACAAAAAACUCCCAUGUUUGUGACCCCAUGUUUUUUUAUGUACUGUACAUAAUGGUUCACUUGUUUUUCAAAUAAAAUAAAGCUCGAGUCAAUGACG